AUGUACAGUCGUCUUGUCCAUUUGACUACAAAUCCAGUGAGUGCCCUCGUAAGCUGUGAGCGAUGUCUGCACAAAAGCAUAACUGCCCGCAAAUUAUUUCCAAUCCUCCCGUCUUCUUUUCCCUUGCGGAUUCCAUCGGCACAAUUUAUUAACAGGUGGCUUGUUAAAGAUUCUAGCCAUCGUGGUGUUUUCGGUUCACCUGAACCCAGAAGUUCUAAAAAAACCCCUCCCAAAAAUGACUUGGCUGAUAUUCUUAAAGGCUACACGCCAUCAGUUCAGUUACAGCUCGUCGAAGCCUAUAGGCGCGGUAUCCAGUCUUCGUCAGAAAAUCAGCGCAAGACAAGUAUAGUUCAGUCUAUCACUACUCUAAUACUGAGGCUGCUUAUGUUUAGCCUGGUCACUGGUGUGCUGCUUUAUUUGCUCAGGUCUUCGGAUCGUGGCCUGGGCGGAGGGUUGCCAAAAUUAUUUGAUUCAAGUGUGGCCACGUUUGCCGAAAAUGUUGAUGCGCGAUUUUCAGAUGUGCAGGGCUGCGAUGAAGUGAAGAAAGAGCUCGAAGACAUUGUUCAGUUUUUACGCAAUCCUGAAAAAUUUAACAAACUUGGAGCAAAGCUACCAAAGGGUGUUCUUCUGGUCGGUCCACCUGGUGUAGGUAAAACGCUUCUUGCUCGCGCUGUGGCUGGCGAAGCUCAGGUUCCCUUUCUCUACGUAUCUGGAAGUAGUUUUGAGGAAGUUUUCGUUGGCAUGGGUGCCUCUCGUGUUCGUCAACUGUUUGCUGCAGCCAAGGAGCACGCCCCUUGUCUAAUCUUUGUUGAUGAAAUAGACUCUGUCGGUCGUUUUCGUUCCUCAUCACCGCAUCACCCCUACGCAAAUCAGACUAUCAACCAACUGCUAGCAGAGAUGGAUGGCUUCGAACCAUCUGAAGGGAUUAUUGUUCUUGGAGCAACAAAUCAGCGCGACGACCUUGACAAGGCACUUUUGAGACCAGGACGCUUCGACUUCCAAGUCUAUGUGUCCCCACCUAGCUACGAGGGUCGAAUAGCUCUGUUUAAUCUUUAUCUAGCGAAGAUCAGAGCAGCUGAAGAUGUGGAUGUAAAUAAGCUGGCCCUGGGAACAGUAGGUUACACCGGCGCUGAUAUCCAGAAUCUCGUUAAUCAGGCUGCAAUAACAGCUGGUUUGAGGGAGGACUCUGAAGUAACGAUGGCUCACCUUUGGGACGCUCGCGACCGCCUGCUUAUGGGGCCUGCCAAACGUCGACCGCUGGAUGAAGAAAGCAACAAAGUGUCGGCAUACCACGAGGCUGGUCACGCUUUAAUGACACUAUACACGUCCGACAGCAUCCCUUUGCACAAGGUGACCAUUAUUCCUCGUGGCGAGUCGGGCGGCCACACCAGUUUUUUGCAGGACAAAGACUCGAGCUUCUGGACCCGAUCCCAGCUUAUCGCUCAAUUGGAUGUGCUCAUGGGGGGGCGUGUUGGUGAGGAGAUGGUCUUCGGCCAGGAUCGCGUAACCACUGGUGCUGGUGACGACUUUAAAAAGGCUACUUCAAUCGCAGAAAAUAUGGUUAGCCGUUUUGGCUUUUCGAAAAAACUCGGACCAAGGGUUUUUUCCGGCAGUCUCGAAGAAGGCCUCCAGCUCAGUCAAACGACUCGUGACGCCAUUGACAGCGAAGUAGACGACCUUCUCAACGCAUCGUUGACGCGUGCUCGUGAGGUGUUAACCAAGCAUCGCUCGGAACAUCAAAUGCUGGCCGAAGCACUUCUUUAUUUCGAAACUCUGAGCAGCGACCAGGUCCGCGACGUCCUGGCUGGUAAAUUGAAGGUACCAAAGGGGCCACGACCCACUCCCUCUGCCUCCACGCCCACCUCCAAGGUACCACUCAAACCAACCCCUCAGUCAAACGCCGACACAUAG